CAAUUACUUGUAACGGAAAUUCUACGUCUCUAGACCAUGAUAAAUCGGGUCGAGGAUUCAUAAUCGAUUGACUCACCGCGUGGCGUGCAAUUUUGCACGGGGGUGUCCUCUCUCAAUUUGGCUGUCGGUGAAGCUCGUCGUCGCCUUAGCAGCUCGCCAACACCUUUUUUUGCCCAAUUCUAUCAUCUCAACCCAUCUCUUCUUUCUCUUUUCCUGCUCAUUCGAACCACCUGAAAUCUAAUCCCGAGAUUCGUUAAAAACAGUUACCCAAUAUGCCUAUCUCCAAGAUCCACGCUCGUUCCGUCUACGACUCUCGCGGUAACCCUACCGUUGAGGUGGAUGUUGUCACCGAGACUGGCUUGCACCGCGCCAUUGUUCCCUCUGGAGCUUCUACUGGCCAGCACGAGGCUUGCGAACUCCGUGAUGGAGACAAGACCAAGUGGGGUGGAAAGGGCGUCUUGAAAGCCGUUGAGAACGUCAACAAAGUUAUUGGACCUGCCAUCAUCAAGGAAAACAUCGAUGUGAAGGACCAGAGCAAGGUCGAUGAGUUCCUUAUCAAGCUCGAUGGAACCACAAACAAGACAAACUUGGGUGCUAACGCCAUCCUUGGUGUCAGUUUGGCCGUGGCCAAGGCUGGUGCUGCCGAGAAGGGUGUCCCUCUGUACGCCCAUGUCUCUGACCUCGCUGGAACCAAGAAGCCCUACGUUCUCCCAGUUCCUUUCCAAAAUGUCCUCAACGGUGGCUCCCACGCCGGUGGACGUCUCGCUUUCCAAGAGUUCAUGAUUGUUCCAGAUACCGCUCCCACUUUCACUGAGGGUCUCCGCCAAGGAGCUGAGGUCUACCAGAAGCUUAAGGCUUUGGCCAAGAAGAAGUAUGGCCAAUCUGCCGGCAAUGUUGGUGAUGAGGGAGGAGUUGCUCCUGAUAUCCAGACCGCCGAGGAGGCUCUCGACUUGAUCACAGAUGCCAUUGAGCAGGCUGGUUACACCGGCAAGAUUAAGAUUGCUAUGGACGUUGCCUCCAGCGAAUUCUACAAGGCUGAUGUUAAGAAAUACGACCUUGACUUCAAGAAUCCAGACAGCGACCCCACUAAAUGGAUCACCUACGAAGAGCUUGCCGACCUGUAUAAGGCUCUUGCUAGCAAGUACCCUAUUGUCAGCAUUGAGGAUCCCUUCGCUGAAGAUGACUGGGAGGCCUGGAGCUACUUCUACAAGACCUCUGAUUUCCAGAUUGUUGGUGAUGACUUGACUGUCACAAACCCUCUCCGUAUCAAGAAGGCCAUUGAGCUCAAGUCUUGCAACGCCCUCCUGCUCAAGGUCAACCAGAUCGGUACCUUGACCGAGUCCAUCCAAGCCGCCAAGGACUCCUACGCCGCCGGCUGGGGUGUCAUGGUCUCCCACCGUUCUGGUGAGACCGAGGACGUCACCAUUGCCGACAUCGCCGUUGGUCUCCGCUCUGGGCAGAUCAAGACCGGUGCUCCUGCUCGUUCCGAGCGUCUUGCCAAGCUUAACCAGAUCCUGCGUAUCGAGGAGGAGCUUGGUGACGGCGCUGUCUAUGCUGGUGAAAAGUUCCGCACCUCUUUCAACCUGUAAGCGGACAUGCAAGAAAGUAGGGGCGGUAUUAUAAUAUGUUGAGGAGACACAUGACACGUCUCCCAAGGGUUAAACUAGCCCACGAAGCUAUGAUCUGCGGUGAUAUAUUAUUCAGAAAUCUUGACAAUAGAAACUUAGCCGCUAAACAAAAAUAUUUUUUAAUGCUUUGAGAAGUUGCGAGUCAUGAAACGUAGUCCCUUCCUUUCUUUUUUGUAUGAGACUAUAUCCUGUAAUCCAAAUACCAAAGCGCAAGUUGGAUAACUAUUCUUCAAUACCGUUGCACUAACCAUUCGGAAAAACUUGGCUGCCUCAUUUGG